AUGUCCACUGUAACGGCGGUAGACUAUAUUCAGUCUCAAUUAGAGCUCGAAAGAGAGGCCAGGGAGCUCAUGCCUUAUGACCCCCAGAGUUGUACUUACACUAUGGGAGAAUUACGUCAGCCAGUGUUUGCAUGUUUAACGUGCUCUCGACAAAACGAUAACACCCCUAUAGGAGUAUGUUAUUCGUGUUCUAUACAGUGUCAUUCAACUCACGACUUGGUAGAACUUUUUGCCAAACGAUCCUUUGUAUGUGACUGUGGAACCACCAAAAUGUCAAAGACCAAGGGUGGUGCUUGUAAAACGCGAGCCCGUUCAGCUAUGGUAGAAUCAACCACAGCCUCCAAUUCCAUAAGACGCAGGACAAGUAGCACCAGUAGUAGUGUUGGUCAGGCAUUGGCUGCAGAAGAUAUCCCAUCUCUGGGGAACCAGUACAAUCACAAUUAUAAAGGGUUCUUUUGUUCUUGUGAGAAACCUUAUAAUCCAUUAGAGGAAACUGGUAAUAUGAUUCAAUGUCACUUUGGUGAAGCUUGUGGGGAAGAUUGGUACCAUGAAGAAUGUAUACUUGGGUAUAAACGAGGCAGUAUACGGUCGGUACGGUCUGAAGAUAGUACAUCAAACCAAUUGGACGAUUUAGCUCCUCCUGGUGAGGAUGCAGCGAGUGAUACAAAACAGCCAAAAGAAGAGGAGGCUAAUACUCAAAGUGAAGAAUAUGAUGAUGAUGACGAAGACAAUGUUUCUCUGGUACCUUAUUUCCCUCGUUUGGACCACUUUGAAAUGUUUAUUUGUUGGAAAUGUGUAGCAAAAUACCCUAAGGAGUUUGAGAAAUUGAGAGCUGACCCAGAAAUAUCAUUUGUACAUCUCCCAUAUUUCAAAGACGUAACUUCUUCAGAAGCUUGGGAAUUAAAAUACAAGAAUUUUAUUGAUCCUGAGCCACAAAGAAAGAAAGUAAAGUUGGAGCUGGAGCUGGGACUGGGACUGGGACUGGGACUGGGCGAUGUUCCAUACUCGAUAUUCUUAAAACCGGGAUUCAAAUCUAAACUCAAGGAAUUGGCAGACAAUUCCAUGCCGUUCCUUCAAAACCACUCGUUUUUGUAUGAAGAGGACCCAAUUUAUGAACCUCCAGAAGAUGAAGAUGAUGAUGCUUCUUCCGGCACAGGCUCAUUAUUGGAGUUGGGAGCAGGAGCCUUACAAUCACUUCCAAGAGAACAAGCCAUUGAAGGAUUACAGGCGUAUGAUAAAAUCAAAUCCAAAUUAAGAGAUUUUUUCAGACCCUUUGCUGAAGAUGGAAAGGUAGUAACAGAAGAUGAAGUCCGGAACUUUUUCUCCAAGGUUAAAGAAGAGGAUAGUAAUUCUUAA